CAAAUGAAAAUAUAAUAGCAAAUAACUAACCAGAAUGAGUAAAUUGUAUAUUUAGAAUUUGCUCUCAAAUUCUGUAAGUUGUCUAUAAAAUGAUAGACAAAUAACCAAGUAAUAUUUGUGACCUAAAAUAAUUAAAAAUUGUUACAAUACUCAGCCUAUAUACUAUUUCAUAUUAUGGAGUUGUAAAUUUGUAAAUCAAAAGCCAUUAUGUAGGUUUCUGGUUUUUGUAGCUGUCCCUUGAAAUUGAUUUUUAUGUUCAUACCCAUGUAUUUGUGUGGAUGGUGUCAGUACUUCCAAAGCUAAUAUUUAGUGAUAUAUUAUGCAGGCCUUAACUGUUUUGGAAUACUUGGUUGCCCAUGGAUCAGAACGUGUCAUUGAUGAAAUCAGGGAACAUUCAUACCAGAUCUCAAUAUUGUCUGAGUUUCAAUAUGUUGAUUCAAGUGGAAGAGAUCAGGGAAGCAAUGUAAGAAAGAAAUCUCAGAGUCUUGUUGCUUUAGUGAAUGACAAGGAAAGAAUACAAGAAGUUCGUGAAAAGGCUGCUGCAAACAGGGAAAAAUAUCGGAACACAUCAACGGGCAGUAUGUAUCGACCUGGUUCAUAUUCAAACCCAGGGGGGUAUGGUGACAGAUAUGACGAAGAUCGUUAUGGGGGCAGGGAUGAUGAUAGAAAUGGUUAUGGGAGAGAGAGAGAAUGGGGUGGUAAUGAAGACAGAUAUGGCAGGGAUUCAUAUGGCCGUGAAGGGGAUCGCUAUGGUAGAGAGUAUGAUGAGCGUUACACCCGUGAUGGAUAUAGGGAUGAUGAUUAUAGUGGAAGAAAUCGGAGCAUUGAUGAAUAUAACUCUGGUUCAAGAAGUUCUGAGAAAGGGAGAGAUCAUGCUUAUGAUGAUGAUGCUCAAUACUCCUCCAGAGAAAGUGGUGCCAGGGCUGAGGAUCAGUCACAAGGAAGUGCUUCUCAUGGUGGGAUUGACCAGAAAUACUCUGAGCAAAAUCUUGGUGCUCCUCCUAGUUAUGAGGAGGCUGUUGGUGCUGCACAGAGUCCUACACAAAUUGAAAGGCCAUGGUGCCAUGGUGGUUCAUGUGCAGCUGAGUAUUUAAAGGAGCAUCUUUUUGAGAACCUGACUAAGCAUCCACAGUUUCUAAAAAACACUAAAUUAGCUAUAAGUAUGCCUUGCUCGGGAAUAGUUUAAGUGUGGGAGUUGUUGCUCCAUUGCUUCAGUAUCUAUUUACAGAGCCUCCAUAACUUCAUUCAAAACAAACUCCAUUGAUGAAGGUCUAAAACUCUAUUAGAUCUAUAUGUUUUAUUAUAUACUUUUUAUGAUUAUUCUGGAUAAAAAAAGUUGCAUGUUUGUCCUUAUAGAUGAAUCUAAAUAGAUUCUGUAAUUUUAGUCUGAGAUGUCCCUAGUAAUGGCAUUGUAAUUGCAAAUUUCUUCAUUACUACAUUGGUAUUUUGAUAAAAAAUUGUAGCAGGUUUUUAGUAUUGCUAGUUUGGCUUCUUUUCUUAGUCUUGUCUUAAUAUAAAAAAUUCAUUGGAGGAAA